AUGUUACGAAAAACUCUUACUAAAUUUGCCCCCAAAAAUUCUUCAACUUUACCAUUCUCCAUAUUCCUGUCUCCUAUUUCCAAACAACUUCGAUUCAAUUCAAAACUGAAUAAACCUGUCUUAUCUACUUUUGACGCGAUUGUACUGGGAAUCUAUAAGGAUGGGUCUCUUACCGAUACAGCUGCCGAAAUAGUUCCCAAAGAACUUCAACAUACUAUCCAAGAGAAACUUCGGUUUUCCGAUGCUAAAGAAAAAUUGGGCGAAACCAGAAUAUUUUAUGGUCUCGGUGGAGAAAAUUUUCCGAAAAAGGUUGCAGUCGUUAAUCUGGGUAUCAAUAAAAACACCAAUGAGAAAGAUUUUGAAGCUUUGGAAAGAGCUCGUAAAGCCGCAUCGGUUGGAGUACGUUCGCUACGUGAAGUGGGUGCCAAAAAUAUCGGCGUUGAUCUGAUGACUCAUGAACAUGCUGAAGGUGCAACACUUGGUUUAUACAGCUUUGAUAGUCUUAAAUCUACUAAGAAAUCGUCUGUGAACAUUGAACCAAUCGGUGCAUUAUCAGCAAAAUCGUUGGAAGAUUUGUCAUGGAAUACGGGAAUAAUUUAUGCGUCUGCCCAAAAUCAUGCUCGCAAUCUUACUGAAACGCCAGCAAAUCAUAUGACACCAAUUAUCUUUGUAGAAAAUGUUGCAUCGCUUUUGCGAGAUGCCUCCAAUGUAGAGGUGAGAAUUCAUGAUAAAGAAUGGGUGAUCGAAAAAAACAUGGGAUCUUUCUUGUCUGUGGCUAAAGGAUCGGAUGAGCCAUUAAAGUUCCUGGAGAUUCAUUAUAACGGUGGUGAGAAAGGAAAAAGGCCACUUGCAUUGGUUGGGAAAGGUAUAACCUUUGAUUCUGGAGGCAUUUCCAUUAAGCCAUCAGCAAAAAUGGCAGAGAUGAAGGGGGAUAUGGGUGGUGGUGCUGCGGUCGUAUCGGCAUUGUUUGGAAUCGCAAAACUCGGGCUUCCCAUCAAUGUUGUCGUGUCCGUUCCACUAUGCGAGAACAUGCCUUCUAGUCGUGCAACUAAGCCUGGUGAUGUUGUUAGAGCCAUGAAUGGGAAAUCAAUUGAGAUUGAUAACACGGACGCAGAAGGUCGUCUAAUUCUCGCCGAUGCUUUGUACUAUACCAGUUCUACCUAUCAACCCCAUAGCUUAAUCGACAUAGCCACUCUAACUGGUGCGAUCUAUGUUGCAUUGGGGGAAGUCUAUUCAGGUGUUUUCACAAAUUCCGAAAAACUUUGGGAAAAGUUGUUGCAAGCUGGCAUGUCGGCUAAUGAUCCCUUUUGGCGCAUGCCUUUGGAUGAUGAGUAUAGCAAAUCUCUAAAAAAAUCAACUGUAGCAGAUCUCGUAAACGUCGGAGAUAGAGGAGGGGGUGCCUGUACGGCCGCAAUAUUCUUGAAGGAAUUUGUAAAUGGUUUAACGGAGUAUAAAGUGGAUGAGGCUAAUGGAGCUGAUGAGCUCGAGAAACCUCUAAAAAUGUUGGAUGCUGAUGAAGAAAAUAAGAUUCGUUACGCCCAUAUUGAUAUAGCAGGGUCCAUGCAAACCACGCAAGAUUCCGGAUAUGACGUGAAAGGAAUGACCGGACGACCAACCCGCUCGAUAAUCGAAUUCGCAAGAAUAAUUUCUAAAGAUUCGGAUUUCCAGUAG